GGUAUCUGUGGAGUCUUGUCCCUCCUCUUCAGAACACAUUCCAGCCACGACCAGUUUUAUAGUGUUAUCUUAAGACACUCAUUUUGUGCAUUUAACACUGCUAACAGUUACAAGGCCCCUUUAUGUAUACAGCAGCUGAUUCGGUAGUAUUCUCAUGUUCAUUGCAGCCAAUUCUACCACAAUCACUUUGGAAGACAAACUGAACUAGAUAUAACAUGCAUUUUGUUUGUACAUUUCCUAAAUACUGUAGGUCCUGAUUACAUGCCCUGACAUGGCACUGACCAUGUGAUCAUUCAGAGCCAUUUCUGAUUGGCCAACCAAACACAGUCUUGUCUCUGAAAAGUAGAGAACGUAUAGAGAUCCUCUCAAUUAACCACAGCUUUUUCACCAAAAUGACACCUCCAAUGUUCGCAUUGUAUGUGACAUGUCUGAUCUUGGGCAGAACGGCUGAUAUGACAGCUCUUAAACCAUCAUCAUCUUUACAUUUUGUAUCAGUUAGUGUUGGUGAAGACGUGACUUUGGAAUGUUUCUAUGAACAUAGUGCUGCAGUGAUGUUUUACUGGUAUAAGCACACUCUGGGACAGAAACCACAGCUGUUGUCUAAAUUCUAUAGGCAUGACAAAAAUGGCAUGUUGAAUGGUGAAUUUAAGACCGAUCCACGCUUUGAACUUGAAAUUACCUCUGGUAAAUAUAACUUGAAGAUCUCACAUGUGCAAAUUUCAGACUCAGCUACUUACUACUGCAUCAGUGCCUAUUUAUAUGUGUAUGAAUUUGUGGAGGGCACUAUUAUCCAUGUAAAGGAUUCAGGUUUGAACAUCCAAGCUUUGGUCCAUCAGUCAGCGUCUGAGACCAUCCAGCCAGGAGGCUCUGUGACUCUGAACUGUACAGUACACACUGAGACCUGUGAUGGAGAACACAGUGUUUACUGGUUCAAAAACUCUGAAGAAUCUCAUCUAGGACUAAUUUACAGCCAUGGAGACAGGAAUGAUCAGUGUGAGAGGAAACCCAACACACAAACAAACACCCGUGUCUACAACUUGCCACUGAAGAGUCUGAAUCUUUCUCAUGCUGGGACCUACUACUGUGCUGUUGCCUCAUGUGGACACAUACUGUUUGGAAACGGGACCAAGCUGGACUUUGAGCAUAAGGGGGACUCUCUUGUCUUGGUGUAUUUCUUGAGUGGAGCUUUGACAUUCACCACCAUCCUGGUUGCUUUCCUGGCUUACACGACAUAUUCAAUGUACAAGACAAAGAGCUGCCAAUGCACAGACUCUCAAGCAAGAUUCGCAGCUGCCUCAGGUCCGAAUGACGAAGGGUACCAAGAUGCAGACAACCUCCAUUAUGCUGCUUUAAGGACAAACAAGGCCAUCAUAUCCACAAGAAAGAGAGAUGACACCAGGAGUGAAUGUGUGUACUCCAGUGUAAAGCAGUAGAACUGACAUGUUUCAUUGUGACACUUCUUUCCGAUUUCACCUCCAUAUACUGAAUGUAAAGAUUUACCUUGCAAAGCACCAAAUAAACAUGUUCCUUCAGCUACA